AUUCACCUAGGUCCUCAUCCAAGGACAUCAGAGAGGUGGUCUGACGGCCAUGGCGUGCAAUAUUUAAGGGAAAUGUGACCAGCACAGACAUGGUAUAGGCGGCUAGCCUCAACGAAAAUUCAACUGGCAGACCGCGUUGUAUGGAACUGCAACCGUCGCCCGAAUUUCAACUUUGAGAUCUCCACCAUCGCUACUAAGUCAAUGCGUGGUGAGCAAAAAUCCAUCCGUCGCCCGAUCGAAGCUAGAACUUCUUACACUCUUUGAAUGGCGCCCCUUGACCGUUGGCAUUCCACCCUUGGGAAAGCCAAUGCGUCUACUACUUGUCGACAGGAAGCAGAAGACGGAGGGAAGGUGAACGCACGUAUCGAGGUGCGGCUAGGUCAACGCUACUGUUGUUCCGCAACGUGUGCAUCCUCUUUCUUGGAUUUGAUAUUCGUGCGUAUGCACGAAGGAUUUUUGUGCAUCCGACUAACGCUUCAAGUUUGCAAGUACGUAAUUCGAAAUAGCAUGGGACCAUACCCACUAUAUGCAACCUGGUCCAAGGAGCCGAAUCUACACUUUCUCGUGACGACAAGGGCAUUCGGACGGUGCAUGGUGGAUGAGAGACUGGUGCUGAGAUGUAAGCAUCCGGAGAACACCUCUUGCCAAAAGAUGGUCGGUCAGGAGUCUAAAUGGUGUUUCCGUUCAGGUCUGGAACUAACAAUGAGUCUCGUAGGCCAUGUCAGGACGUGUCAUGUUGAGAGUGAUUAAUUCACUACCACCUCACCAAAAAGAAAGCUCCUAGGCGUUUUUGACUAUACUGGAUGUCCAACCAUCCGCAUUAGGAACCCGCUGGUAUCGAGAUGCGGAAUUGCCUGCUGGCCAGUCCAUGAACAAUUUCGUGCAGUGGUUUGGUGUUGCAUUGCAUGGAGCGGAGCUCAAACCUGAGUCUUGACGUCUAAGACGAGAAUGGCUGUCG